AUGGCGCCCGUGAGCAACAGGAUGUUCCUGCCCACGGCGGCGUCCUGGGAGGCGACGGUGAGGCCAUCCUUCGUGCGCGACGAGGACGAGCGGCCUAAGGUGGCGCACGACCACUUCAGCGACGCGGUGCCGGUCAUCUCGCUCCAGGGCAUCGACGGCGUGUGCCGGGCCGAGAUCCGGGACCGCGUGGCCGCUGCCUGCGAGGAUUGGGGCCUCUUCCAGGUGGUGGACCACGGCGUGGAUGCCGACCUCGCAGCCGACAUGGCGCGUCUGUCCCGCGAGUUCUUCGCGCUGCCUGCCGAGGACAAGGUCCGGUACGACAUGUCCGGCGGCAAGAAGGGCGGCUUCAUCGUCUCCAGCCACCUCCAGGGCGAGGCGGUGCAGGACUGGAGGGAGCUAGUGACCUACUUCUCCUACCCGGUGAAGGCACGGGACUACGGGCGUUGGCCGGAGAAGCCGGCGGGGUGGCGCGCGGUAGUGGAGCGGUACAGCGAGCGGCUGAUGGAGCUGUCGUGCAAGCUGCUGGGCGUGCUCUCGGAGGCGAUGGGCCUGGAGACGGAGUCCCUGGCCAAGGCGUGCGUGGACAUGGACCAGAAGGUGGUGGUCAACUUCUACCCGCGGUGUCCCCAGCCCGAGCUCACCCUGGGCGUCAAGCGCCACACCGACCCCGGCACCAUCACCCUCCUCCUCCAGGACCUAGUCGGCGGCCUGCAGGCCACCCGCGACGGCGGCAAGACCUGGAUCACCGUCCAGCCCGUCUCCGGCGCAUUCGUCGUCAACCUCGGCGACCACGGCCAUUACUUGAGCAACGGGCGGUUCAAGAACGCUGACCACCGCGCGGUGGUGAACGGGGAGAGCAGCAGGCUGUCCAUCGCGACGUUCCAGAACCCGGCGCCCGACGCGAGGGUGUGGCCGCUGGCGGUGAAGGAGGGGGAGGAGACCAUACUGGAGGAUCCCAUCACCUUCGCGGAAAUGUACCGCCGCAAGAUGGAGGGCGACCUCGACCGCGCAAGCCGCAAGAAGCAGGCGAAGGACCAGCUGAACUAAAGCAGCAGAAGCAGCAGUCUCUCAACGAAACUUGCAUAGACCAUUAAUUCCGGCGGUGUGCUGUUAAAUAAUUCGAUUUGAUUAACCCAGCAGUGUGGGGGGUACAUCAAUCACGACGGGUUUUUGCUUUCACUGAGAUUUUGAUGAAUUUACCGGAAUUUCAAUAAUUUCAUUAAU